AUGCGCCUCACCUACUUCCUCACCGUCAUCGUUGUCGCCACUCUCCAUGCCGGUGGCACCGCGCUCGCCACCGCCGAGGCCCCCAACCACGCUGCAAUCGUUAACGUGGCAUCAGCUGAUAACGUUCACUCUCUCGAUACCACCGCAGAGAUCGGCGGUCGAAUGCUGCGCAAGGUGAAGGAGGACACGGUGUCCAAGAAAGACCAUGAAGAACGAGGACCAGGAGCUAUUCUGGAGCGCCAGACCGCGUUCGUCAAAAAGUUAUUCUCGCGCCAGAACGCGAUCGUCAAUAGGGCCCAGGGCGCUUUCCAGCGCCAGAACGCCUUCGUCAAUAGGGACCAGGGCGCUUUCCAGCGCCAGAACGCCUUCGUCAAAAGGGCUAUCCAGCGCCAGAACCACUUCAAACUUUCCGACAAUGCAUGA